UCGGCACAUUCCGGAGCCGGUCGGCAAUACUCGUCAUCUCCCCUUUCACUGCAGCUCCUUCGCCGAGCGGACUGGCCCGCUGCUCUCAUCCGAGUCUUCAGCGCAGCCUUUCGGAUCUAUUAAACGACCAGCGCCGGUUCUCCGGAAGCCUCCAGCUCCAGCACAAAUGCAAGCUAUCAAAUGCGUCGUGGUCGGCGACGGGGCUGUGGGUAAGACCUGUCUGCUGAUUAGCUACACCACCAAUGCGUUCCCUGGUGAAUACAUCCCCACCGUCUUUGACAACUACUCUGCCAAUGUUAUGGUGGAUGGGAAACCAGUCAAUCUGGGCCUUUGGGAUACAGCCGGACAGGAGGACUACGAUAGGCUCAGACCACUAUCUUACCCACAGACGCAGUUCCGUACACACACACACACACACACACAAUGUUGCACUCAACUGGCCAUCUCUCUGGUUCUCUCCCAGGAUGUGUUCUUGAUAUGCUUCUCCCUGGUCAGUCCGGCCUCCUUUGAGAACGUCCGAGCUAAGUGGUACCCUGAAGUGAGACACCAUUGCCCCAACACACCCAUCAUUCUGGUGGGCACCAAGCUGGACCUGCGAGAUGACAAGGACACCAUUGAGAGGCUGCGGGACAAGAAGCUCUCCCCCAUUACCUACCCGCAGGGUCUGGCCAUGGCAAGAGAGAUCGGCGCCGUGAAGUACCUGGAGUGUUCGGCGCUGACCCAGCGAGGCCUGAAGACGGUGUUCGACGAAGCCAUUCGAGCUGUGCUCUGCCCCCCGCCCGUGAAGAAGAGGGGGAAGAGGUGCACCGUGUUCUGAGAUGAAGACACUACUGAAAACAUGUCACCGUCGACAACAACCGCUCCAUCGCUGACAGGAUGGGGGGUGGGGGUGGGGGGGGACUGGGUUGAGUUAGUGUGCACUGCUGAGAUUGCUUCCUUUAUAUUGAUGUUUUUUUAACGCAAUAUUGGUACCAGGAUCAAUAUUUUUUCUCUGAUUGUUUUAACAUUGCUGAAUACGGUCAAAGACAUUGACUGUACACCUGCUUUGUACUUUGUACUCAUAGAACCACACCGAGUUCCCAUGAGGGCUGAUUUUGGUUUCUAUUGCUCGUCUUUUGCAGCUUGGUCCUGUCUUUCUCAGUCAUGCUUGCUUUUUGAGUGAAUGCGGUGUUGACUUGCUAGAGAGUGAACGCUGAGGAAGUCUUAAGGUCAGAUUAAUCCUACUUUGUAGAUUAGAUUUAUUACACACAUUUCAUCUGAAGACACAAAUGACUUGAAUGAGAAUGAAUUUGGUUCCCAAAAAUUAAGAAUCAAAAAGCUACGCAGUAUAUACGAUCAACGAAAAAAGAAAAAAUAUGAUGUUUUAAUUCAAUAUAUUUGUCAGGACAUCACUCCGGGAAUUAAUGUAAACAAUAACAUCAAUUUCAUUUAUUUAAGGAAAAUUCUGGUUCAUUAUACACCCAAAAUAUGAAGAAAAAACAUUUCAUAGACAAUAAUAAUAAUUUAGGCUGCACGGUGGUCGAGUGGUUAGCGCGCAAACCUCGCAGCUAGGAGACUACGGUUCAAUUCCACCCUCGGCCAUCUCUGUGUAGAGUUUGCAUGUUCUCUCCAUGCAUGCAUGAGUUUUCUCCAUGCUAGGUUUAUUAGCAACUCCAAAUUGUCCAUAGGUAUGAAUGUGAGUGUGAAUGGUUGUUUGUCUAUAUGUGCCCUGUGAUUGGCUGGCCACCAGUCCAGGGUGUACCCCGCCUCUCGCCCGAAAACAGCUGGGAUAGGCUCCAGCACCCUCGUGACCCUUGUGGGGAUAAGCGGUAGAAAAUGAAUGAAUAUUCAUUUUGACUUUAUUAUUGUAAAAUGAGGCUGCACGGCGGUCGAGUGGUUAGCGCAUAGAGCAAGGAGCUAGGAGUCGAGGGUUCAAUUCCACCCUCGGCCAUCUCUGUGUGGAGUUUGCAUGUUCUCCCCGUGCAUGUGUGAGUUUUCUCCGGGUACUCCGGUUUCCUCCCACAUUCCAAAAACAUGCUAGGUUAAUUGGCGACUCCAAAUUGUCCAUAGGUAUGAAUGUGAGUGUGAAUGGUUGUUUGUCUAUAUGUGCCCUGUGAUUGGCUGGCCACCAGUCCAGGGUGUACCCCGCCUCUCGCCCCAAGACAGCUGGGAUAGGCUCCAGCACCCUUGUGACCCUUGUGGGGAUAAGCGGUAGAAAUAGGCGUGGUCCAUUGCAGUUGACAGGUUUACAUCGCCCCCCUGCUGAAAUAGACUUAGUUCAACAGAUAUGGUCAAAACUGUAUAACGAACCAGCACUUUCCUUAAAGAGACUAAAGACUGCAUUAAAAAUGCAGUUUCAAAUCCUGGAGUCCUCCUCCAGACCUGGUCUCAUCUGGACCAACUUUAAGGUCCACUUUACAAAAGUUUUACAAAAGUUUUGUUAGUAUUUCCGGAGGGGGCCAGGGGGUCCAUCUUGAACUGUGAAAAUGUCAUGUGACAGACGAGACUAGCAUGCCAGACUUGGGGCCCCCCCAACUUUGCUGGAGGAGUUUGCAUGAGUCUUAUAAUAUUCUGUCAUUGUUUUAGUGUCGUCCAUGUGUGUGUGUGUGUGUGUGCGUGGAGAGGGGGGGGGCAUUGUUUAAUAGUUUGGAGAAACAGCAUUAAAAACAGUAUUAUUUGAAGUUUUUAGUGUCAGGUUUUUGGUACUAUUUCAUAUGAUACUGCAGUAAUACACACGACUGUCAACAUGAAUGGAGUUCAAACGACACCUAGUGAUGCACAAAAUAAUUCAUAGGAACGGAAUGCUUUACGAAUACUUUCAUGUACCUGAUUAUGUACUUAUUAUUACUCUGAAAUGAUGCAAAGUGAUUCAUGUUGAAGUUAGAAGUGUUGCUGAUGUUAAAAAAAAAAAAACAAGUUAAAGGGGCUGAUUUUAAUGUUGCCGUUUAUGAAAUAAAUGCAUUUCUGUAUGGUUGCAGGGCUUCAGUGUAUCUUUCUCUCCCUGGUGGCCUGACGCUUAUUUAGGUUGGCAUAGCAUACAUGGUGUGUAGCCAGGACUAGCCAGGACAAACGCAACACCGUUCCUUAAUCUACUGCAUGGAAAUGAUCUGGUUGUUUGAACACUGUAAUUCUUAGAUGAGUUUCCAAUGCAUCGGCCAUGGAUGUAUGUAAUGUAAGAUGACUUGUAUACUUGUUCCAAUUGUAUCUGGUUUUGUUUUUUGUUUUUUUUUUUUAAAUUCACAUGUGUGGUUUCAUGUUUUGGAAUACUAAAUACAAAUGUAUAUGUAUACAUAUGACUUUUUGUCUUUGUUUAUUCGUCACAUGACGGAACAAUAUGAAGCAUCUGGAAUAAAGGAAGUUCAUACAAAUAGCGUGCUCGAGGAAUUCAACUAUUCAUUUUCAACUAAAGGAAUCUUGUUAACUCAGAUUCAAAUGGGAAUUUCAAGGAAAACUGAACACAUUUCUCUUUUCUGUGCUUUCUAAAGAUAUAAAAAGAGAUAAAAAUAG